AUGGAGUCCUUCUCCUUCAACGGGGAUUUCUCCAACCUCUUCUUCCUCUACAACUACACCUAUGACUACAGCACGGCCAUGCCUGACACUGCUAUUUCCUCUGCCCCGUGCCGGCCCGAUAGCUCCGUCCUCAACAAGUACUUGGUGGUGGUGAUCUACUGCCUUGUCUUCAUCCUCAGUGUGGUGGGGAAUGGGCUGGUGGUACUGGUGGUGACCUCCAGCCACACCAACCGCUCCGUCACCGAUGUCUACCUGCUCAACCUGGCCGUGGCAGAUCUGCUCUUCGCCCUCAGCCUGCCACUCUGGGCUGCCUACCGAGCCCACGAGUGGGUCUUUGGCACCGUGAUGUGCAAAGCCAUCUCCUUGCUGCAGGAGGCCAACUUCUAUAGUGGCAUCCUGCUGCUGGCCUGCAUCAGCGUGGACCGCUACCUGGCUAUCGUCUACGCCACCCGGGCUGCCACUGAGAAGAGGCACUGGGUGAAGUUUGUCUGCUUGGGCAUUUGGGUCUUCUCCGUGCUGCUCUCCCUGCCUGUGCUGCUCUUCCGUGAGGCUUUCCCCUCGCCCAGCAACGGCACCGUGUGCUACGAGCGUAUCGGGGGCGAGGACACAGCCAAGUGGCGGGUGGUGCUGCGGGUCCUGCCGCAGACCUUUGGUUUUGCCCUGCCCCUCCUGGUGAUGCUCUUCUGCUAUGGUGUCACCAUCCACACCCUUCUGCAGACCAAGAACACCCAGAAGCAGCGGGCCAUGAAGGUCAUCUUCGCCGUGGUGCUGGUCUUCCUCAUCUGCUGGCUACCCUACAACAUGACGUUGGUGAGCGACACCCUCAUGAGGACGCGGGCCAUCGCUGAGACCUGCGAGAGGAGGAACCGCAUCGACACAGCUCUCUCCAUCACGCAGGUCCUGGGCUUCGCCCACAGCUGCAUCAACCCCAUCAUCUAUGCCUUCAUCGGGCAGAAGUUUCGCAACAGCUUCCUCAAGAUCCUGGCACAACGUGGGUUCAUCAGCAAGGACGCCGUGGCCCGCUACGGCCGCACCUCCUAUGCCUCCACCUCUGGCAACACUUCCACCACCCUCUGA